GAGCUGUACAUAGCUACAAUUGUAGUUAAUGCAUUUACAAAUACUGGGUAUUGACUGGAGCAGUAAAUAUCCACUUUGCACUUCCCUUGCAAUAAAUCCAUUCAUCCUCACUACUGCGAAAUUUUGUAUGGUACUAUAGGUUUUUGGGAAAGUGCUUUAGUUUUUUAAUUUAUUUUUUUGUUGCCAUGUAAUAGAUAGGUAGAUAGAUUCUGUCAGGUAUUUUGAACCUUGUUCCACUGCUAAAACGACGUGGUAUUUAUCCAAAAAACGGAUAAAAAUGGCCGGAGGACGUUUAUAGUUUAUAUAUUCCCUCACGCACACUGCCCCUCUACGCUCGUAACCGGGAUCUGUGUGUCUAGCCGAGCAAGGCGAGCGGGGUGAUUCCUCGUGGGGUGGGGUGGGCAACAAUGCGCGCUGUUGAAUUGAAUGGUGAGCGCAUAGUGAAUGAAGUUUCAAUGGAGGAGGCAAGGAUGCGCGCGACAGCGCACGCGCCACACCCCCGCCUUCAAUUAAAACAUCUCAGGGUUCGUCUGAGUGCGAGCGAAGAUGGCGACAGAGUGAAGGAGACCACGGAAAGAUGACAAGCCCCCUACAGACAGACAAACACGCACGAGCUCUUCGCCCCGCCGCCUCAGAGAUGCCCGUGAAUGAGUAAGACGCGGCUGCGUACGAUGUGUUGUCAAGGAGAUGCGGGGUAGGUGAUGGAGUCUCGCGGCAUGUGCUUUAUCAUGCACGGUCUCGGUAAUUCAGACGCAGGUGUUUGCAGUGCAGCUUGAUUUUGAGCAGCAGGUGAAAGGGACGCUUCGAGCCAUCAUGUAAACGUCGCGGUGGGGAAUAUUGCGGAGGAGACCCGCCCGUGUGAGCUCGCGCUUUGUCUCCCCCUCUAAAAUAUGAUCACGGGCGCCUGGCGCUGUGGAAGCAAAUCUGACGAGUUAGAAAUCUGCCGCGUGGCCAAAUCCAUCGACAAACCGUGCGCGGAGCCAGAGAAGGUGCAGAGAUGGCGCAUGAGCCUCGCGUCGCUGCUCUUUUUCACGGCGCUGCUGUCCGAUCACCUCUGGCUCUGCGCGGGAGGUAAGCUCCGUUCGAGAGACCGGACUCACCGGAGGACGUGGAGCAACGCGAGUCACGACGCCCAGACGGGCCUUCGCGAUGAGGACUGCGGGGUCCUCUUGAGCAAUCUGACGGAAAACGGGCCAAAGUGCGUGGAGGCUGACGCGCGACGUCGCGCGCCUCUGGAGUCCGCAUGCUCUACGCUUUACCGGCAAAAGAGCGGCUUGGUGAGCUCCUUCUAUUCUGUGCCGGUGCCCACGGUGUCGCCACACGCGUUUUUGGAGUACUUCCGGAACUUCAGCUUGUCCUUUUGCGACGCGCUCACAAUAGCGGACCUACUGGAGAGCAUGACCGGUCUUGACGGGCUCAACUGCAGUCUGACUCGUGUCAUUCGUGACCUGUUCAGCGGCGGACCGGAGGACGGGGACCUGUGCACCGCUUGUGUUCACGCGUACAUUCGACUCGACCAACACGCUCAGGAAAAAUAUGAGGAGUUUCAAGUCCUUACGCGCAAAUUCAUGACUGAUGACUACUCAGUGCGCGCGCAAACACACCUGUGUCAGGCAGUGUAUAAAGCCUGGCUUUGUGCAGAAUAUUUUCCGGUUCCUCAGCGGCAGUGUGUGAGGUGGCUUCCAUGCAAGCACUACUGUGGUGAGGUCACAGCCAGCUGCCCCUUCAUCCUACCUGACAAUGACCAUCUGCUGUAUGCCGGUCUGCCAAGCUUUCUCUGUGCAGGGUUUCACGAGGAGUAUUUGACCAGUCAGGGUCCGGACUGCUGUGAUGUCAGAUGGAGUGGGUGUGACUCCACUGUAGGUGCUGCAUGUGCUCUGACACGCCUCCCGGGCUCCUUCUCUUUGCAUAGGAGGUUAUCAUCAGGAGCGGUGUCAUGUACAAAUCGUCUUCAUGGCAGUAAAUUGAAACUGUGUGUGCUUGUUCUCUUCUUACUACACACUGUAAUCUCCAUAACAACAUUGCAGCAUUGCAGCACUGGCUCUUUGGAGGCAAUAGUACCUCUAGAAGACGUUCCCAUGAGGGAGGAGUAAGAGACUGGAACAUCUCCCUCUUUAUUGGAAGACACACAUGCUGUGAAAGUGUUUUUGUCUGCUGUGCAUGAGACGAACCUUACCAAAUGCCUGGAAAACACAGGAAGUCUCACCACCGCUGAAGCGCCUGUGCCUGUCUUUUUGAGGGUUGGAACAUCUGGCUUGAUAUGAGCGCGCAUGUUUGUGUGAGAGUGUGAGUGAAUGAAUGUUUUUAACUGUUUUUCAGUGUUUCGUUUCUUUUAUCAGGACUAAUUGCACAUGUUAAAACAUGGUUCAUGAAUGACGAUCCUGUUUUGUUUUAGACAACAUUCUUGGAAACAAAAAGGAAUGGGUGAAGAAUGAAUGGAUGGCAUUGGUACAUUUCUCCUCUAAUAAAACCAACACUAUUGGA